CAGAGACAGCUGGACGCGGACUGGGCUUUACCUAGGUAACGGGUAGUGUUUACAGCUCACUGACACCGAGGACCGCAGCUCCAGCGGUGAAGAAGCUCCGGGGGUACGAAGGACGGAAGAUGCCGGUCAGAUUCAAGAGUUUAUCGGAAUAUGACAGGAAUUUCAAGUGGAGAUCCUAUGAUGCAGAUCAGAUGCCGAUGUCUACAUGGGCCGGCCUUCCUUCUGCUGAUCUUGGUAUUACUAGAGAGCCCAACUUUUCUUCAAAACGAAGAGUUCCAUAUUAUAAUCCCCAGAUUGGAAAAACAUUUCAUUGGAAAGUAAAUGAUGGUUUAGCUGCAGAAAGUACAACGUUAUGUCAAGAUGUUAACAAGCAUUCCACGGCUGAAGAGAAAAUACGCACCCCAGAGGCUCCGAGAUUGCAAAAAAAGACCAGAUCACAGUCAGUACCUAGAAAGCUGCCUGACAAUGACAGUUUUGCAGUUCCUAGAAUUCAGUCCAUUGACGAAAAUAAAGCAGUGCCCAUGACACAGGCUGCAAAUGGUAGUGCACCUAACAAUAAAGAAAUGGAGAAAAGCAAAAGACCACAAGCGCCUGGUGAUGCAACUCAAGCCAAAGACAAAAAUGGGUUUCACAGGGUCUUACAGAAGAAGGCAGGUUUGAAUGUAGCCCCUUCACACCAUCCGCUGAAGAUAUCUGAGUACAGAAGGCAGUUUGAAAGAAAGAGUCCCACAGAAAACUCACCAUUGCUGGCUGCUGAACAGGUCAUACAUAAUAAGAAUCAAUCAGUCCCACCAUUUAAGGAAAUUAAAGUCCGGACAGACACAGAGUAUAAAAGUCAGUUUCAGGGGUCACCACCAGCAAAGGGACCAAAGUUAAGAAAAAACUGGGAGGACAAACCUAUUUUACAAUGUGAACAAGAAUAUCAUUCUCCUAAGAGGAAGGAAAAAAAGAAAGACGUUAGUAAAGUUGAAAAUGGCCUUGCUAACAUGGAUGCAUCUGAAAAAGAGCGAGAAGAAGUUAAUAGAAAGAUUCUUAAAGAACAAGUUCUUCAACAACUCAGAACUCCCAAGUAUUAUAGGAAUGCAAAGACGGAGUAUUCUUCAAACUUUUUAUCACCUUCCGAAUAUAAAUAUAAGGAUGGUGCAUGGGUGAGGAUAAAGAACCAAAUUCACAAUCAGGGUUCCUCUCUCAGUGUAGGCACCAUGUGGGUUGCUGAGGUAAAAGAACUACGAGAUAAAGCAGAGUACUAUAGACAUCGUGCCCAGGGAACUCACUUCUCCCGUGAACACUUCAAUCAGAUAAUCUCUAAUAGCAACAAACUUUGGGAUAUGUCUACAGACUCCAGCAGUGAAGAAGAUCUGAGCAGGAAUAUCAGAGCUCUAGAUCUGGCCGGAUUGCAAACACCUUCGAAGAAAGAAAAGUUCCAACAAUCGCCAGCAAAAGUGAAAAUGCCAUCUAAUACAGGGCACCUAGGGGCUUCGGAUGCUUCCACACUACCAGUUAGAAGGAAAUUAGUUUGGGAUGAAUGUGAUGAUGCAGCACCAACAGAAAAUAUAGAACCUUUGCAAUUUGAGGAUGAAACCGAUGAAUUGGAAGAGAAAAAACGCACAGAAGAAGAAAACACAGCAGAACAGCACUUAGAACACAACAAUGGAAAAAGAAGUAUGCAGAAAACAUUCAAUGCAAAAUAUAGUCCUUCUGAAGAUGAGUCUGACAUUUCCUCAGUGUCAGUGGUUGAAGGAAGACUUCCUACUCCAAAAUUAAAAACCUAUGGGCUAGCACAGAGGACUCAUCAUGACCGAACUACUCCAACCGCAGGUGGCGCUCUUUUAGUAUCCCCAAGUAAACAUCAGGACAAUUCAGAACUCAAACAUAUCAAAUCCCCCCAAAAAACACUCUCCAACGGUUUACAUCAAGGAAAAUCCAAAAAGGAUGAGGUGGACCAGCCUGUAAAAUCCCCUCCUGUUGCUGGUCUAAUGACUGUUGAUCCAUUGCCACUGAGAGAGGAUCCAUGGCCAAGUCCACAUAUUUCCAGUAAAACUUCUCCAGCAGCUAUAACAUAUCCCGUCAACAAUCCAGUGGAGAAACCUUUUGUGCUAACAUCUCAGCAUUGGAAUCCAUCAUGUCGAAUACAUGGAUCAUUGCGAGAUCCUGAAUUUCAGCAUAAUGGAAACUUUAACGGUUACAGUUUUUACAAUGCAGCACUUAAUGGGGACAAUAGCAUUGAAGAUGACCGACUUUCGCAAAUAUCUGCUAGAUCAGCAGCUUCGAGUUCUCUGGCGUCUCAAGUUUUAGAGCGUGCACAGAAAAGAAAACAGUCGUUCUGGGGAAAAAAGUGACAGCACAAGUCAGCUGCUGAAUGCAUUUAUUUCUAAGAGCAAUCGUGAUAGAUUUGAAAGAAGUGUGCUAAUGGUUUUUUUUGCAUUUCAAUAUUACAUAUAUAUUUUUUUUUUUAAGAUGUUUUUUUCCUUUUUGUUUAUAACCUUGAUCUGGAAUUGUAACCAUAAAGAUUUUGUGAUUCUUCUGAAACUACAUUUAAAGUUUUUAUGCAGAAAAUUUUCUAUGGCAGUGAAAACAUAACAGUGGUAAAGCACAGCCAAAAACAUUCUUAUUCAGAGUGGAUUUAAAGGGAACCCUGUGACAUUGUAGGUACAGUCCUAUUAAAGGCCAGUAUGCUAUAGAGCAGAAGCUGAGCAGAUUGAUGUAUAGUUUUCUGGGAAAAGAUUCAGUAAAACUUGUAAUGUAUUAAAUUAAAUCUUUGCCUUUUCUAGUCUUUUUUGAGUAAUAUGGGCGGUCAUACUUGAUGUGUGUGCAUACAAAAAUAGCUGUCAGUCACUAAUCAGGACCACCCACAUAACUCCUAAGCCUAGAAAGAGCAGAGAUGUAAAUGGCUAAAAGACAAGUGACACUGAAUCUUCUCCCACAAAACAGUAUAACAAUCUGCUCAGCGCCUCCUGCUCUAUAACAUGCUGCCCUCUAAGAGGGCUGCACCUAUAGUGUCACGGGUUCCCUCUAACAACCGGAGCCGCCUUAAAAGAUAUUCACAUAAUACCACAUUUUUCUAAAUUACUCUGUAAUGAAGACACGGUGUACAAUUAUCUUUUUUUUGUGUGGGUAAAGGGUGUGCGUCAGCCAUAUCUUUAUUAAUUAACACAUUACUUUACAAUAUACCAUUUUUUUUUUAUCAUUUUGCAUGCCAGAAAACUAUGAUAACCAUGUCUUAAAGGUGUUAUCUCAUGACUAAUGUAAAAAAUGAAAAUCAGACAUCAUAUAGUACAUGACGACCUCUUUCUAAGCCAGAACCAGACCUGUACCUUACAUGGAUCCAGAGAUCUCCCAAAUCAUUGCUCUGCUAGAUUUAUUUCAAGCUAGCAG